AUGCCUGUUUACAAUCAGACCACAGUUUAUGAAUUUAUACUUUUGGGAUUUCCAGGCCUUCACACGUUCUGGUUGUUUGUGUUCCUUAUUCUGCUCAUCAUCUAUGUGGUCACUAUGUUCGGGAACCUUCUCAUUAUUGGACUAGUGUCCUCUACCUCUCAGCUGCAGUCACCGAUGUACAUCUUUCUGACUCACCUUUCCGUCUGUGACAUACUGAUAAGUACCAAUGUUGGUCCAAACACCCUGAGAGUCAUUGCAUCGAGAACAUGUUACAUAUCUGCUCUUUCUUGUGACAUACAGUUGUACUUCUUUGGUGCUUCUGCACUCAUUGAAAGUGCUCUUCUUUCGGUGAUGUCCUAUGACCGCUACUUGGCCAUCUGUAACCCACUACAUUAUGCAGCAAUCAUGAACCACACUCUACCUCACUCUUUGGCUAUGACAUGUUGGUUGGCUGGUUUCCUUUUGUCAAUGAUCACAGAGAUCCUUAUAUUCCAAUUAGACUUCUGUGGCCCAAACAUCAUUGACCAUUUUUUCUGUGAUCUUGCUCCUCUUCUUCAGCUUUCCUGCUCAGAUACAAAAAGUGUAGAAAUCCAUGUGUCCGUUACAGUCAUGACAAUUGUCUUCACUCAGUUAUUGUUUGUCAUAGGGACAUAUAUCUGCAUAUUCUCCUCCAUCCUUCAGCUCUCUUCCACCAGUAGCAGACAGAAGGUCUUCUCCACCUGCAGUUCCCAUCUUAUGGUUGUGUCUACUUAUUAUGGGACACUUAUUGCUCUUUAUGUGGCACCAUCUAGAGGUUACUCCUUAAAUCUGAAUAAAAUGUUAUCAUUACUUAACACCAUUGUCACUCCUCUGUGUAACCCUAUCAUCUACAGCUUACGGAAUAAAGAAAUCAAAAUUGCCAUAAGCAAAAUUUAUUUAUGA